AAGAAAUUUACCUGGUUGGUACGGUUUGUUGCUAGAUAAACAAAUAAUAUAAAUUUGAGGGUUUCUUUUUUCAUCAUCUGCAGAAAUUCAACUCUUCCUCGGAUUCAAAUCAUCGUGCAAAUUAAGCCAGUGAAAAUGGCAACAGUAAGAAUACAUAUGUCUAAACCAGAAGAAGAACUUGCGGACACAUCGUCCUUUAUGGAAAAAUUGAAAAAUCGUCGCACUAAUAGUUCAGAGAGCACCAUAGCGUUCAAACAAUUUUGCCGUAUUUUGUUUGCCUUUCAGUCCACGACACAGUUGUAUGUUUUCUUGGUUUAUAUUCUGCCUCGACUUUUUGAAGAUGGAUGGGGUCAGUAUUGGAUGAAGGUAUUAGCUGUUUUUCUUGACCUGGAAUGGUUAAUGAACUAUUUUUGCACAGUAUUGUAUAGUACUGACUUUCAAAAGACUCGUGACAAUCCGACAGUUCACACGAAAGAAAGGUGGGAAAAUCCACCGGAAUAUUUCGAAUCGUAUGCUUCCGAAAAUACUUUAUCGAAUGGAUAUGCGACGGAAGUGAUGAGUAAUCAACACAACGAUGGUGAACUACCUUGGACGUUUUGUGACAAGUGUCAAUUAUAUGUACCGCCUAGAACACGUCACUGUAACAUUUGUAAAAAGUGCAUUUUAAAACGUGAUCACCAUUGUUACUUUGCUGGAACAUGUAUCGGUUUUAAAAAUCAACGUUAUUUUUACGUGUGGUCAUUUUAUUCAAUUUGGGUUGGAUCUUUGGGUUUUUAUUUUACUGUGCAGUAUUUAAAAGAGUUUUAUACCCCAUACUCAUGGAUGGAUUUUAUUCCUGUCGUUGCAUUUUAUCGAUGGCUUUCUGGAACAGAGAAUAUAAGCUUUCAUAUAGUGCUUCUAGUUUUGCAUUUAUAUCUUGAAUGUAUGUGUGCCAUUUUUGGAAUGAUAUAUUUUAGUGGACAAACACUGUUCGUAGCCAGUAAUAUGACAAUGUAUGAAUUUGUAAAGAAAAUAAACGUUAAAUCGAAGAACAGUUUUAACCAAAAUUACCGUUCUGUAUUUGGAGAUUUCUGGGCACUGAAUUUCUUGUUUCCAAUGACAAUUUUAUUCAAGCAAAGAGAAAAUGGCGUAACAUGGGAUGGCUUGAUAAUUGAUUAUAACAGUAAUCAUAAAUAAAUUAUAAAGCUUCUAUCCAUUCCGUUUUUGAAAUUAAUUAAAAAAUACCCAUGAAAUGAAAUAAGGAUAAACGUAAAAUAGAUCGCAGCUGAUUACCACAAGUUAACCAAAAUGGCUUGAGUUUAUCAUACGGUCUUCAGUGAUUAAAGUUUUCCAAUAAUGGUUGUACAGCAAGAUUUUAUCUUAUGUCUUUCCAGACAAAAUUUUAAUAAUUUCUACAGAAACGACAAAAUACUUGAAACAAGUUACAAAAAACACGAAGAGACCGCAAAAUGCUAAUAAGAUUGAUCUCUUGGUACAUGAACAUAGUAAGCCUGCUUUAGAAGUAAACUAGUUUGGUAAAACGUAAAUUACAUUGAAGAUGUUGUGUAUUGAAAGAUAUUAAAAAAAUUUGUCUACAUGGUACAACCUUCGACUAUUUUGUGCUGUUGUUUAGUUUUAUAACAAUAACAAGUAUAACUAUUUCUGGUUAUAAUCAUUGAUGUAACACAAUAAAAUCUAAGUUAAUUAAAAAGUCUAAAAUUUUCAUAAUAAUUGACAGGGAAUUGAUAACUACUAAACAUUGCAGUUAAAGUAAUACAUCCAAGAAAGGGGGACACAUCGUUUCAUUUAUAAUUUCAGUCAAAAUUCAGACUUUUUCGAAAAAGGUUUGCUUACGAGUAUAAACAAUUUCGAAUCACAUUGAAUUAAAAAAAAAGUUUUUUAUGUAUAUUUUAAUAGAAUAAAAAAAUCGUUUUUCACCCACUUUUGCUAAACUUCUUAAUUUCAUUGACGAAAAAUAGAUCACCUCUUUACAGAUAUGAAAUAAAUAUAAAUGUGUCUAGACUUCUGUUAUUGGAUAUUGACAAAUAUUUAUAAAACGUAAAUAUUCGUCGUUGUUUUACUUUUCUACUUAAAUCAGAGUUAAAUUCCUUGGUCGUUUACAAAACAAUCAUGUACACUAGUAGGUGAUGUGGAUAAUCAUUGGAUUUGUAUUGACUAAUUUGAUUUGAAAUUUGGAAAGUCCAUUGUAUAAUUGUCAGUGACGUGGUAGAAGUCCAUAUCAGGAAGCAUUGCAUAUAUACAUGCAUGUGUCCUCAUUCUAUAUAAUAUAAAGAACGCUUAAUCAUUAUAUACAAUAUUUUGCCUGGUUUGAGAUAAUCUACAUUUGCUAGAAGAGGCAUCCCUUAGUUAGUUAUAAGGUCAGUUAUUAUUCCUUUUUUAAUACAUAUUAUGUAUUCAAACGUAAAAAAUAAUGUUUAUAAUAAAUGUGUUGAUUCAAGCUU